AAUCUAUUAUCUGUUAAGUUGAACAAAAAUAUUUCUUGCAUUACUUUGUCUUGUCUUCAUUGGUUUUCAUUAUCACUAUGUUUGUUCAUGUGUUAUUUAUUGGUUACAUUACUAAUACAUUAUUUUAUUGUUCUUUGUUUGUUGCAGAUGCCAGGUACAAGAUCUAAGAGAGUAAGACAGCCUAACAGUAAAAGAGAAAAAUUAAGUAAAAGAAAGAUAUGUACAGUAGAGCGACAAACAGUUCAACUGCCUACCAUAAUCCCAUCAGGAGCCCUCCAAUCUCAUAUUGGUUCACUUCAUGUCAAUGAAUCUCCAAUGCAUCAACCUAAUCUUGAAGUGAAUGAAUCUUUACCUGAUAACUCUAAAUCUCGACCUCCCAUAAUCCCAUCAUGAUCCCUCUAUUCUAAAACUGGUUCACUCCAUGUAAAUGGGCCUCAUUUGCCUCAACCUAGUCUUGAGGUCAAUCGAUCUCAACCUCGUAACACUGAAUCUCAAGCUCAAUCUAAUCAGUCCCAACCUAUAAAUCAAGAAUUUGAACAAUUGAUGUCACCACCGGCCAAUAGGACUCCAGUCACCUCAUCUAGUACAGUUGGCAAUGGAGACAAUGAUCAUCAAAUCUGGAUUGUACCUGAGGAGGACGGGUUUGAUCCUCACAAGAUAGUAAUUAACGAAAUUGCUAGUUGCAUUCGUAGUAAAUUUGAAUUGGCUAGACCCUCAUGGAAUAAGUUUCCACAAGCUACUCAUGAUAUGUGGUUUGAGGAAUUCAAGAAGAAAUUCAAAUGGCUCCCUCACUAUAUUGAUGCUAUAAGACGUAAUUUUGAGAAAUGGGCAUCUGCAAGGAUGACACAACUUUUUCUCAAGAUGUUAGGAAAAACUUGCCACUGAAACCACAUUGGAUGGGGGAUGCGGUAUUCAAGGAGAUGAAGGGGUACUGAGAGUCUCCUGCAUUCAAGAUAAAGUCUGAACAAAACAAAAAAAAUCAUGAUUCAAAUGC